AUGCCGCCCUCCAUCUCAGCCUUCCAGGCUGCGUAUAUUGGCAUCGAGGUGCUCAUCGCCCUGGUCUCUAUACCUGGCAACGUGCUGGUGAUCUGGGCGGUGAAGGUGAAUCAGGCCUUGCGGGAUGCCACCUUCUGCUUCAUCGCGUCACUGGCUGUGGCUGAUGUGGCGGUGGGCGCGCUGGUCAUCCCGCUCGCCAUCCUCAUCAACAUUGGGCCGCGGACCUACUUCCACACCUGCCUCAAGGUCGCCUGCCCUGUCCUCAUCCUCACUCAGAGCUCCAUCCUGGCCCUGCUGGCAAUUGCUGUUGACCGCUACCUCCGUGUCAAGAUCCCACUGAGGUACAAGACAGUGGUGACUCCUCGAAGGGCUGUGGUGGCCAUCGCUGGCUGCUGGGUUCUCUCCUUUGUGGUGGGCCUGACGCCCAUGUUCGGCUGGAACAACCUGAGAGCCGUCGAGCGGGACUGGCUGGCCAACGGCAGCGUGGGCGAGCCUGUGAUUGAGUGCCAGUUCGAGAAGGUCAUCAGCAUGGAAUACAUGGUCUACUUCAACUUCUUCGUGUGGGUGCUGCCCCCGCUGCUGCUCAUGGUCCUCAUCUACGUGGAGGUCUUCUAUCUGAUCCGCAAGCAGCUCAACAAGAAGGUGUCGGCCUCCUCCGGAGACCCGCAGAAGUACUACGGGAAGGAGCUGAAGAUCGCCAAGUCGCUGGCCCUCAUCCUCUUCCUCUUCGCCCUUAGCUGGCUGCCCUUGCACAUCCUCAACUGCGUCACCCUCUUCUGCCCUUCCUGCCACAUGCCCAGGAUCCUCAUAUACAUCGCCAUCUUCCUCUCGCAUGGCAACUCGGCCAUGAACCCCAUCGUCUACGCCUUCCGCAUCCAGAAGUUUCGAGUGACCUUUCUUAAGAUCUGGAAUGACCACUUCCGCUGCCAGCCUGCACCCCCCGUUGAUGAGGAUCCCCCAGCAGAGAGGCCCGAUGACUAG